AUGUUGCGCAACCGUCGCCUCUACGCCUUGAAGAGCUCACCUUUCCUUGUUGCCUAUGGAAAUGCCUUGGUGGUCCUCAAUUUCUUUGCAGGCCUGCACGCUUCCCAGGAGGAACUGUUUCCUGGAGUUUCAGCCUCAUUGCUCGUGGACUUGGAUUUGAAGCCUUAUUCACUGCCCUGUGUCCACCUAGGAGUCAAGUGGAUGAUGCAGAAGCAAAGGCAGAGAAAAGAGGAGGAAGAAUCGCUCAAGGGAGUGAGAGUAGAUGGGGCAGCUGAAACGGACAAUAGACAAAACAUUCUUUUGGGCAUCCUUGGUUCUGUGCUGCAAGGGAUGCUUGUAAAAUACUGGAUUUAUAUCUGCUCUAUCAUGUUCUUUAUUGUCAGCUUCAAUGGCAAAGUGGCCCUGUACAAAAUUCUCUACAUUGUGCUUUUUCUACUUUGUGUGGCUUUGUACCAGGUUCAUUAUGAGAUGUGGAGAAGAAUCCUGAAGAGUUUCUGGCUCACCACUGUUUUUUAUUCAAUGGUGGUGCUCAUUGCUAUCUAUGCCUAUCAACUUGAGAUGGUGUCAGCGUUUUUCCUAAACACCUUGGCGAUAUCAGAGGAGAGAUUAAAAGACCUGGGUCUUGAGAGGUUCAGCACAAUCGAGCUGUUUGCAAGGAUUCUGCUCCCUGGCGCUUUCCUUCUGGCUUGCAUCCUGCAGCUUCAUUACUUCCACGAAGACUUCCUGAAGGCCACAGAUCUGGCUAAUAUUUGCAUCAAGCCACUUUCCGGAAGGCUGGCUGCUGAACAGCUACAAGAUGACAUUGAGGAUGGAUUGGAGAAGCCUGAGAACUCAGGUGAAAACAUGGGAAAGUGCCAUCAGGCGAAACCAGUGGAAAAGAUGAGUGAAUGGACAGAUGUGGUUGACAGUGUGGUGCCUCAUCUCCUGAAGCUCUUAGCAACGAUUCGAGCAAUGCAGGCAUUUGCUUGGCGAUUUCUGGAACUCCACAUCCUGAAGAUUCUGUCCACUUGGAUUAUCUGGAUCACGGUACACGAGGUGUCUUUGAUGAACUACCCUUUCUUCAUCCUCUGGGCAUUUGCCCUUCCAUAUUCCAAGCUGUGCCCACACGCCUCCAGGAUCUGUACGUUUUGGUCCUGCGUGAUAGUCUUCUGUAAAAUGGCAUACCAGCUGAAAUUUGUCAAGCCUCUGACAUAUUCUUCAAACUGCACACAGGUCAACUACACCAACAUGGAUGAAUUACUGGAAAAGUCUUUGUUGUACAAGGCCCCUGUUGACCCAGCACAUUGGUUUGGAGGGCUGUUGAAGUGCAGUGACAAUGUUCUCCCAUGUCUAAAGAAUCACCUCACCAUUCUGAUUCUUAUGGCUCUAGAGGCCACAGUGCAUCGCCACCAGCUUUUUUACCGAAUUCAGAACCAGCUGCUGCCGCCUCCCACAGGGAGCGUUUUUUAUGACGUGGCCCGGGAGAAUCUGGAUGAUGGGCUCCUGAGUUGCAUCAAAUACUUUGUCAAUUACAGUUUCUACAAGUUUGGACUAGAGACCUGCUUUGUGGUUGCCAUCGGUGUGAUUAGGCAGCGUAUGGACUUGUAUGCCCUCAUCCAUGCCAGCUGGCUGAUUUACCUGUUGAGCUGCCGUCGGAGGAAAGCCAUAGCUGAAGCCUGGCCCAAAUACUGCUGCUUCCUUGCCAGCAUCGCAACCUUCCAGUAUCUACUCUGCAUUGGUCUCCCACCUGCUUUAUGCCAAGAUUAUCCGUGGAGAACCUCUCACUGCCUGCUCCAUUCAAAUCUGAUUAAGUGGCUCUAUCUGCCAGAUUUUGCCAAGAGGCCUGAUGCUAGUUUUCUCCUUUAUGACUUCCUGCUUCUGCUCGUCGCCUCUCUCCAGUGGCAGGUGUUUGAAGAUGAGAAUAAGCUGGUUGUGAGGAUGCAGGCGGGAGACAAUGUUGAGAUCAGCCACAGCCUCAACCCAGCUGGACUAAGCGAGUACAGUCUGGUACCAAACUUUAUCCACUGCAGGUCUUAUCUGGAUUUGGUGAAAGUGAUUUUGUUCAGAUACCACUUUUGGUUUGUCCUUUGCCUGCUUUUUAUGACCGGGACAACAAGGAUCAACAUCUUCUGUGUGGGCUACCUCCUGGCCUGUUUCUACUUCAUGCGUCUUGGGCAAAGCCUCCAGUUGAAGCCAGUCAAAGACAUACUCAGACUGUGGGACUAUCUGAUCGCAUACACAGCUUUGGUUAUAGCGGCAAAGAACCUCCUUGCCAUUGGAGCAUGUGCGUACCUUAGUAAAUUACAAACAAGCCAUUGUUGGCUAAUUCAGACCUUUGGUAUGUUCUGCACAAUACCAGGAUACGACGUAGACCCACCUGAGGAUGAAAUAUGCGAACUGCCUGAGAAGGAAGCAGGAAUAACCUGGGAUGCGAUAUGCUUCACUUUCCUGCUAAUCCAGCGUAGAAUUUUUACUAGCUACUACUACCUCUAUGUUGUUGCAGAUCUUAAGGCUACCAAGACCUUGGCCUUCAGAGGAGCCGAGCUGUUUGAAGCAAAGCUUAAAAAGGUGGUGGAACUCAGGAUGGAAGAAGAGAAAAAAUCAAUGCAAACCAUGAAGAAGCACCCCAAAGUGGUUCGAGGUGGGAGCUAUUACCUCUUUGAGACGGAUAGUGAGGAAGAAGAGGAACAGGGGCACACUGAAAAGAGUGAGAAGGGAUCUCUGAAGAAGAAAACAGCAUUCCAGCUUGCCUAUGAAGCCUGGAUGACCAGUUCAAAGUCAGCUCUAAAGAUGAGGGAGCUUGAUGAAAUCAGGGACCAAGGGAAGGUGGAGCAACAGCAGCAGCGCCAAUUGGCAGCCAAUGUGAAAAUGGAAUCCUGGGAAGAAAAUCUGGAGAAGUCAGGCCCAGAAGAGGACUUGGAUGAGCCAGCAGAAAACAUCGUUCAAAGAGCAACCAACAUUGUUAAGUUCACUUGGGUUUUUAUCCAAGCGUUGCUGGAUGACACCACAGAGGCACUGAAUUCGCUUUGUCAAGAUAACCUGGAUGUAGCAAAUGUGCUGAGGAUAGAAAAGUGCAUGCUUUGGCGGGAGAUUCAGAAGGGAAAAGUGGCCUCGGCGGACAUUGUCCUCCAGUAUUAUAACCUCAAGAAAACCCAACCAGAUUGUGGAAAAAGUGAAGCUGAACCAACAGAGAUGAAUGAGAGUAACAACAGGUCACCCCAGUGCCCGCCUGGAGAGUACGUGGACCCAUCCCUUGUGCAGCUCCGCAGGAGAUCCAGCGAUGCUUGCAGGGGUGUGACUGGAAAUGAGAAGGUGGAAGAAGGGAGCCACAAUGGGCCCCGCCCCCAAGGACUCACUUCAGCAUUUUCCUGUACAGAAUUUGCCAGUUGGGACUCCUCUUCAUCAGUAAUGGAAGGAUCUACACAUUCCCUAUUUGUGAGAAGUGAAGAAUCAGGUGCAGCGCCAUCGAGCAAUGUUCCUGCUACAAUGACAGCCAGUGAAUGGCUCCUGAACAGGGUAUUUCAUGACAAUGAGCUGGAGCAGUCAGAUAAGUUCUACCAGAGUCUUCCCAGGCCCCUGAAGCUGGGAGUUGCUUUGUACAAUGCUAUGGUGUCUAACUCAGAAAUGCUGUGUUAUUUUGUGAUCAUUCUGAACCACAUGGUCUCCUCAUCCAUCCUCACUUUGGUUCUACCUAUCCUGAUAUUUCUGUGGGCCAUGCUGUCUAUUCCAAGGCCUACAAAAUUCUUCUGGAUGACAGCCAUCAUUUACACUGAGGUAACAGUUGUGGUCAAAUACUUUUCUCAGUUUGGAUUCUUUCCUUGGAGCACCAAGGCCUAUUGUGGGGUCUACGCGGAAGAGCCGCUUGCUUUGCCUAAUAUUGCUGGGAUCGAGAAGAAGGAUGGCUACGUGCACUUUGAUCUUGUUCAACUGCUGGCCUUGUUCUUCCACAGGUAUAUCCUGAAGGGCUAUGGACUUUGGGAUUCCCAAGGUGUCAGUAUACCAGGCGAAGAAGAAAAGAACCUGGCAGGGAGGCAAAAGAAGAAAAGGCACAAGGGCCAUCUGAAGGAACGUCCAUCUGGAUCAGGAGGAAACUAUUCUUCUAGCGCUCUUCAGAUAUACCAUCCCAUAAGGCAAUUCUUUUAUGACAUUAUUCAUCCAGAAUGCAGCCUAAUCUGUGACGUUUAUGCUCUCAUGUUCCUGGUUGAUGUGAUUAAUUUUAUUAUUGUCAUCUUCGGCUACUGGGCUUUUGGUAAACACUCCGCUGCCGCUGACAUCACAGAGUCCCUUUCAGAAGACCAGGUGCCUGAAGCUUUCCUGGUGAUGCUGUUGUUGCAGUUUGGGACGAUGAUAGUUGACCGUGCCAUCUACUUGAGAAAGAGCAUGUUUGGGAAGUGUGUUUUCCAGGUUGCCCUCGUCUUUGGCAUCCAUUUUUGGAUGUUCUUCAUCUUGCCUGGAGUAACGGAAAGGAGGUUUAACAGGAAUCCGGUGGCUCAGCUGUGGUAUUUGGUCAAGUGUGUCUAUUUUGGUUUGUCGGCUUAUCAGAUCAAAUGCGGUUACCCCGAACGGGUCUUGGGCAACGUUCUGACUAAGAGCUACAAUUGCAUAAACCUCUUCUUAUUCCAAGGCUUUCGCCUGAUACCAUUUUUGACAGAACUGAGGGCUGCCAUGGAUUGGGUUUGGACCGACACCACACUCAGCCUCUCCAGCUGGAUCUGUGUGGAGGAUAUCUAUGCUAACAUUUUCAUCCUGAAAUGUUGGAGAGAAUCUGAGAAAAAAUACCCCCAGCCUCCUGGUCAGAAGAAGAAAUUGCUUGUGAAAUACGGGAUGGGAGGUUUCAUUGUCUUUGUGCUCAUCUGCAUCGUGUGGUUCCCACUGCUUCUUAUGUCACUGGUCAAAUCAGUGGCGGGAGUAACUAACCAGCCUUUGAGCGUCUCUGUCAAAAUUACCAUCAGUGGUUAUGAGUCUUUGUUUACCAUGAGCGCUCAGCAGCAGAAUCUGGUCCCUUUCACUCAUGCGGCGUAUAAUGAACUCACCACUCAAUAUGCCCUCCAUCCUUCUGCCAUGCAAUUUAUAGUCAACUAUAGCCCGGAGGACGUCAUCGUUGCUAAAAUAAAAGGCAAUGCCAGCUUGCUGUGGAGCAUCAGCCCUGCAAGUCGGAAAGCUAUGAUUGCAGAACUCUCCAAUUCCUCCGCAAUCUACAUCAACUUCCAUUGGACUCUUCUCAGGAAUGCCUCUCUUGUGAAGAAUAUUGAAGCAUCCGGCCUACACACAAUGCGCUAUGAAGACAAGCGGAUUCAGGAGCAAAUCAUCGAAAUGCUACGUGGGACCAGAACGGAAGGCGUUCUGCUUCCUGGUGUCCUACCAAGGUAUCUGAGAGCAGCUGGUGGAGCAGAAGCUAAAAUGGCACAUCGCCUGCAAGUGGCUCAUUCCAAUGCGCCAAAGGACGUAGACAAGAUGGCCUUCUUCAGAAAUAUCACCAUAGAACUGCAGCAGCUGCCUGCCAAGGAGUCCUUAAGCCAUGUUCCCGAAUGGUGGGUUGUUAAAGAGCAGAGGCCCGGCUGUUUGGGCAAUGGAUGCAGUAAGAAUAUGGAGCUCUUCGUCUUCAACGACAAGGUCAGCCCUCCUAGCCUGGGAUUUCUGGCAGCUCAUGGCAUUGUAGGCCUCUACAUGUCUUUUGUUCUGGUCAUCGGGAAGUUCAUCCGAGAGCUUUUCAACGGCAUCUCGCGCUCCAUCAUGUUCGAAGAGCUGCCCAACGUGGACCGCAUCCUGAAACUCUGCACCGAUAUCUUCCUGGCGAGGGAGGCCGGGGAGCUGGAGUUGGAGGAGCAGCUGUUUGCCAAGCUCAUCUUCCUCUACAGAUCUCCUGAAACGAUGAUUAAAUGGACCAAAGAACCCAGGGAAGACUAAAGCCAGGGGUGGGUGGGUGUAGGAGUCAUGAACAAUGCACUGUUUCGGAAGGGAAAUGUUGCGUGGGGCGCAACUGCAAAGGGACAUGGCAGAAGAUACUGAAUUA